UCCGUCCAGUCGCCCGUCAGCCUUCAGCUUGUGAGCAGCCACGUCCUCGGCGGCAGAGAAAAGCCUCUUUUCCUGGAGCGCCGGUGGCGGCGGAGGCGGCCUCUGUAAUCCUUUAAGAAGCAUCAGCAGACUGCAGGCCCUGAAACUUCCUACGCUCCUGCAGUUGUUGGUGAGAUGGCCUUCAGCGACCUGCUGGAGGAGGUGGGGGGGUUUGGCCGCUACCAGUGGCUGCAUGUGACUCUCAUCAGUUUGCCUGGUUUGAUGAUGGCAAGUCAGAACCUGCUGAACAACUUUGUCUCAGGAAUCCCUGCCCACCACUGCAGCCUGCCAGCCAACCAGAGCUUGCUCAACCUGUCGCUCUACACUCAGGUUGAUGAGAAGCAGCUCCUAAGAGCUUUCAUUCCUCCAGACCCUUCAGGGAACAGACUAGACCGAUGCACAAGGUUUGUGAAGCCGCAAUGGCACUUGUUAACCACAAACAGCUCUGCCAACAUUAGUGAGCUCCAGACUGAAGGUUGUGUUGACGGAUGGACCUUUGACCAGUCGGAAUUUAUUUCUACCACUGUUUCUGAGUGGGGUCUGGUGUGCUCUCUGCGCCCCCUCAAGCAGAUGAUUCAGUCCAUUUAUAUGGGUGGAGUUCUAACAGGGGCCAUCAUUUACGGCAGCCUUUCAGACAGGUUUGGGAGGCGAUUAGUCCUUAUUUGGUCCUACCUGCAGAUAGGCGUGUUGGGCUGCAGCUCCGUCCUCUCUUCUUCAUUCUCAGUCUAUUGCAUCUUUCGGUUUCUAAAUGGCAUGGCUGUGUCCGGAGUCAUCCUUAAUGGCUUCUCACUAAAGGUGGAGUGGAUCCCAACCAAAACAAGGACAGUAGUGGGCACACUCACAUCCUUUUUCUUCACGUUUGGUCAGAUGAUCUUGGCUGGACUUGCCUAUUGGCUAAAAGACUGGAGGAUGCUUCAGCUUUCUGUCUCUGCUCCUCACUUCCUGUUUUUUGCCUACAGCUGGUGGUAUUCAGAGUCAGCUCGUUGGUUGGUGGUAAACCGUCGGUCUGAAGACGCAUUAAAAAGUCUUCAUCGAGUCGCUCGAAUCAACGGAAAACCCGAAGUUAUCAACAAGCUGACCGUAGAGGUGCUACAUUCUCAUAUGAGAAAAGAAAUCGAGUCCAGUCGAUCGUCCUUUUCAGCGAUCGAUCUGAUGAGGACCAGAGGGAUGCGGCGAAUUUCCAUCUGUCUGGUUGCUGUUUGGUUUUCAACCAGUUUUGCAUACUAUGGCUUAGCAAUGGACUUACAGAAGUUUGGGGUGAGUAUUUAUCUGAUGCAGGUCAUCUUUGGAGCUGUAGAUAUUCCAGCCAAAUUGUUAGCUCUGGGCAUGCUCAGUUACCUUGGGAGGAGGGUAUCUCAGGUGUCCUGUCUUUUUUUGUCGGCUGUCAUCAUCUUUGCCAACAUCUUUGUUCCCACAGACAUGCAGACCCUUAGAACCACCCUUGCCUGCCUCGGUAAAGCCUUUACAUCUGCAUCCUUUACGACAGUCUACCUGUAUACUGGAGAGCUGUACCCAACUGUCAUAAGGCAGACGGGAAUGGGCUUUGUUUCCACGAUGGCAAGAGUGGGAAGCAUGGCAGCCCCUGCUGUCCUGAUCUUGGAUGAGGUCUGGCCUGCUUUACCCAGCAUUGUGUAUGGUGGUGCCGCAGUUCUGGCCAGCGGUUUUGCCUGUUUCCUCCCAGAGACUCUCAACAUACCAUUGCCUGACACAGUCGAGGAUGUAGAGGAAAAAUGGUCAAAAGGAGGAUUCAAUUUUAGACGGAAAGAAGGCGGGUCUGAAAAGGAAGGCGGAGCCCCACUCAGUGACGCAUGCCAGCAUAAAGGGGUGGCCAAUAAGGAGGCGCUUCCCUUAAAAGAACUGAAGGACACAGAAGAAAUUGGUCUUAAUGCUCUCUGACCAAUCAGAUGACUCCACAUGAGGAUCCCUAACGUCCCUGGAACUGAUCAAUCAGAUGUGCAGAGUAGAUCUGUUCAACAGACUUUUUAGUUAUAUAAAAUUACUGAUGAUGCAAAGACAAAAAGCAUCUAAAAAUCUAAAAGAAAAUGUGCAGAAAAGUGAAUAAGCAACAAGUGAUUACAAACUGACUGAUGUAAUGCAUGGAAAAAGAAGCAGACACCAAAAAUGAUAUGGUCGCAUUUUUGUUGAAAUCAAAAUAGCUGCAUUGUUACUGACUAAUCAAACUUGCUCAGACGAUGGUAACAGUUCAAAAUAAAAAUAUUGAUUAAAUCUGAGCAGCCUACGUUUUUGAUUUUCCUGUCUUGUAGAGUGUUAUAAGGCUUGUUUGUCAUUUCACUACUACAGUACAGUACAUGUGCAGUUUUAGGGUCCUAUAGGAUCACUUCAUACUCUUCUUGUCUCACUCAUUUUCAGUUACCCCCAUCCCUGAUCCUGUAGUUAAUUACUGUAUAAAUCAAUCAGUCACAGCCUGUCCUCUGGUUGGAGGACAGGCUGCCCUCUCUUGUAGUCACAGCCCCCCUUGCACACUUACGAGUUCUCCUCUCCCUUUUUGUCUUUGCUUUACCGUACAGUAACUACACUAAAUGUUGUUAACUGUUAGUCACUUAAAAUGAAAUAUAAUUGAGACAAUGUGGCCCAGUUGGAAUUCAUACAUAAUAAAGCUCUGCCUGUUGUUUCAUUC